GAACAAAUGGAAAAUUGAGGCGUAUUUCUGCGUUAGUCGUUUAUUCGGUUGCGAUCGUUAAAGACAAAUUAGCAAACGUUCCAUUAAAUUCAUUUCAAACUCUUACCAUUAAAAAUCCUUUAAAAAUUACAAAAUGGCUCCCCGCAACAAGGAACAAGAACAAGAAGUUUUGAACUGGAUCUUCGAAGUUUUGGGCGAAAAAGUACCCUCAGGACACUAUGAAGAUAUCUUGAAGGACGGUAUUGUCUUGUGCAAAUUGAUCAACAAGAUGGCUCCCGGCUCUGUAAAGAAAAUCCAGGAACGUGGUACCAACUUCCAGUUGAUGGAAAACAUUCAAAGAUUCCAAGCUGCCAUUAAGAAAUACGGUGUACCAGAAGAGGAAAUCUUCCAAACUGCUGAUCUCUUUGAGCGUCGUAAUAUUCCACAAGUAACCUUGUGCCUGUACUCUUUGGGACGUACCACCCAACACCAUCCCGAAUAUACUGGCCCCUCUUUGGGUCCCAAAAUGGCUGAGAAGAACGAGCGCACCUUCACCGAAGAACAAUUGCGUGCCCACAAUGCUGAACUCAACUUGCAAAUGGGCUUCAACAAGGGUGCUUCCCAGUCUGGCCAUGGUGGUUUCGGCAACACUCGCCACAUGUAAACACCUGUUUUCAUCCUAUGUUUUUGUAUUAAAUUAAGUUUUCAUCAUGUUUUCCCACACAUUUUCGGUUUUGCCAUUAAAAAAAUAAUAUACACAGAUUUAAUGUUAUACAUUUGUAUUGUUUUUCCUGUUUAGUUUUCUAUAAUCAUAAGCAUCUUUUGUAAUGUCAUGUUGUUUAUUAUUAUUAUUUCUUUUUUUUUGCAAAAAUCUUUACGUGUUUUUCUAAUUAAGUAAAAUAAAUAUUAAUAUAAUAAAAAAAAAAUACCAAAAAUAACAAA